AUGUUAGAAACUAUGUUUGAAUAUAUAGAAUUAUUUCCUAAAUGUGAAGAAAUUAUAGAUAAAUGUAAAGAUAAUUAUAAGAAAGAAUCUAUUUCUUAUGGGUGUAAUACAAUCAAAAGUGAAUAUGAAGACGUUAUUAAUUCUAAUUUAGAAGAUCUGUGUGGUCAGUCUAUGAAAUAUUUAAACGAAAUAACUAUUAAAAAUGAUAUAUCAUUAGAAAAAGCUGGAUUUACAUAUUUUUACUAUUGGUUGUAUAUGUAUAAAGUAAAGAAGACGAAAACAAGUGAUGAUAUAAAACCAUUAUAUAUGAAAUUGAUCAAUUUAUUUAAUGAUAUUUAUAAUCAUACUUCCUUGAAUUAUUAUGCAGAAUAUAAUUUUACUGAUGCACAAUUGCAAAAUCUCAAAAAUUUAUUUGAAAUGCAAAAAACUCUUAUUUUAAUAAAAGCUAAAUGCAAACCUAAUGAGAAUUAUAUUUUUUGUAAUGCAAUAAAAAAUAUUAUAGAUGAAUAUAAUUCUGCAAAAAAAAUAGAACCUAGAGAAACUUAUACACCAAAAGAAUUAAACAAUUGCAAAUAUAACAUUUCAAUUCCCAUUUUAACUACAAUUGGUAUAAUGUUAUUAAUAAUAUCUCUGGGGGUUAUUGUAUAUAAGUUUACCCCAUAUGAUUCAUGGUUAACCCAUAGUGUAAAAGGGAAAAGGAACGUUUGUAAUAAUGAAUAUGACGUAUGGAAUAAAAUUCAAACACCUGACACAUCUAGCACUAUUUCCUGUAAUGAGAAGUAUAACAUAUUAUAUAAUUAUUCUUAG